AUGACAGAAGCCAAUAAUAGAUCAUAUGUAGGAAUUGAUGCUAUUGUACAAACAUGCUCAAAAGUUUAUCCGGAUCAAUUAAAUCCAACUCAAGCAGCAAGUGUAGUUAAAUAUUGGCUUGGUGGAUCUGAAUCUUUAGAUUAUAUAUCAAUUUAUCAUAAUCAAGGAAACGACACAUCACCUGCUCAUUGGCACUACGUUACAUUUGGCUUCACUGAUCUGCAUGGUGAUGGUCGAGUGCAUAAAAUUCUAUCGAAAGAUGAAGUGAAUCCUACAUCAGGUUAUGGAUUUGAACUAACAUUUCGUUUAAGGAAGUCUGCAGAAAUUGGCAAUUCAGUUCAAGAUAUUCCAUUAUGGCCAUGUAAACUAUUGCAAUAUUUGGCUAAAUAUGUUUUUAAAACGGGUACACAAUUUCAUGCUGGUCAUCAUAUACCAUUUGGACAUGUUUUACCCAAUCUAUAUUCAUCUUAUGGUGAUACACGUAUACAUGACUUAUUAAUAACGAAUGAUAGACAAUUAAAAUCUUUUCGAACUAACCUGGGUUCAGUAGAAUUUUUACAGCUUGUUGGUUGCUUUGAAAAUGAACUUGAGGCAGCACAAGAAUGUAAUGUUGCACAAAUAAUUGACCUGUUCAGUACAAAUCGAAGAACAGGUGGUUCACUCUUAGUAACUGAUAUGACACGGCAAGAAUCAUGUUUCGAUAUUAUACCAAAUGCUAAACAAAUGAUUCGAGAAAAAAUUGAUAAAGAAGGUUCUCAACUGGGUCGAGUUCUUGCUCGAUGUGCUUGGAAUAUUGAACCUGUUUCAGCGAACGAUACAAGUUUUCAUUCAGUAUCUUCAAUUGAUCUCACAUUUGAUUUAGAUGCUGCAAAAAUAUUUAUUAAAAUUCUUCGAACACGAUUAAGUCGUGGUAAAUGGUUUAUAUUUGACUCGUUGAAUGAUCAAUCGAUUUGCUUUAUUUCAACGGGGGCAAAAAAUCAAGGAAUUAUGGUUAAUUCAAUUCAACAAAUUAUGGCUUUAGGUACGCGUGAAGCACAAAUAAUGUUGUUACCUGAUCAGAUUGACCUAUGUAUAGAUCGUUUGUCACAUAUUUCUAAUCUCAAAGAUGAACAAACACUGCCGUUAAAAUAUGAAGUUCCAUUUCAUACAAAUACAAAAAUGUUUAUAUCAAUCGUAUCUUCUAAAGAAUUUAGUAAUGAAUAA